CGCCAGCCAAGUGAAGCAUUUAGCACGUCGGUAAGCAAGGAGUGCUUGUAUACAGAAUUCCUGCUCCAAGUGAGUGGAAGGUAAUGAAAUCUUGCUCCUGAUCCGGGACGAUCGCUUAUACAGUAGCUAGCAUGAUGGGUCGAGUAGGAUUUACCGUUAUCCUUGUUAUUACCGUAUUGCUCUUGGGCCAGAUCAGUGGACAGGCUUCUAGCGUAAAAAACAAGAAGGACCGUCGCUCCAAGGAGAAAGAAAAGGAUGGAGACUUGAAGACACAGUUUGAAAAGUUGUGGCGUGAAGUGAACUCAUUAAAGGAAAUGCAGGCUUUACAGACAGUCUGCCUGCGGGGCACCAAGAUCCAUAAAAAAUGCUACUUAGCCUUUGAAGAAACCAAGCACUUCCAUGAAGCCAACGAGGACUGUAUAGCCAAAGGGGGAACUUUGGCGACACCUAGAGACGGGGAUGAGAACAGCGCCCUUCGCGACUAUGGAAAAAAGAGCCUCCCGGGGGCUGGAGAUUUCUGGUUGGGCAUCACUGAUAUGGUCAACGAGGGCAAAUUUGUGGAUGUUAAUGGCAUCGCUAUAACGUAUUUUAAUUGGGACCGCCCACCCAAUGGAGGCAAGCGUAAAAACUGUGCUCUUCUUACCCAGGCAUCCCAAGGAAAAUGGGUCGAUGAAGUGUGUCGUAGCCUAAAGAAAUACGUCUGUGAAUUUAUUAUUCCAUAGAGGGUUAACUAUAGUCAGGGCAAAAUGUGCGAUUUGUGAUCCAUUUUAAUGUGGUUCAUCUUUUAAAAAAACAGGAAGGAGUCUGUAAGAAAUGUACAGAUAUACGCCAGACCAUCAUUAGAAUUUCAUUUUCAGUGCCUUCCAUAUUUAAGACUGCAGCUUGUUACAGUUUUUAUUAACCUGCAUUUAUUUUUAAUAUGGUUUAUAAAUGGAUUGCAAUUUUAAUUUGCUUUUUUGUUGUUACAGUUUGUGUUGUGAGAAAUAAAACCUAAAUAAUAAAAAAGCAUCGAGAACA